AUCCAUGGUUGACCAAGUUUAUCAUGGCUGGCUGAAGGAGGAACAUAAUGUGAAAACUUAUAAGAAUACUCGUCUCAGUCUUCCCCUACGGUCGUGUAGGAGGGAGUGAUGGGGUCCCAGAGUGUGGAAAUACUGCGCCAGGGUAUAUGGGCGUCACUUACAGGAGGUUGGUUCUACGACCCUCACCAGGAUGUCUUCUGCAACACCUUCCACCUCUAUCUGUGGCUCUACCUCGUCUGUGUUCCCUUCUCCAUCUACCUGUACUGUGGAUGGUCAGUGGCAUGGUGGCUGGCCCAUCUGGUGGUGUUGUCACUGGUGGUGGUGGGCAUCAAGGUGAUGAACCACUUGCUCCACCACAUGUUUGACACAACUGACUGUCUGGAGGAGGAACUCACACCCGCCGUGCCCACCGCCGCCAACGAUGAUGUCACUACACCCGUCCACUACCCCAACUCAACCGCACCAGCCCAGCAGAUGAGCCAGUCAUUCGAGGCCAUAGAGAUGCAGGUUGUGAACAGUAAGGGAGGCGGUGAGAGUGAGACCCCUCCUGUGGGGUGCAGCUCCCGCAACUCUAUCAUGGAGGUCCCCGGCACACACUCCUCCGCCCAGCCCCAGCCCCCAGCGACCAUAGACUUAAAGGCAGAUGUACACCACAAGGACAGCUCAGGGAGUGAGGAGGGAGCCAAGUGUGAGGCAGCAGCACUGACCCCCUCGUCCAAGGACCCUCACAACACCACUACACGAGACAAGAGGUCGAGAGACUGUGGCAAUAGUGGCGGACCAUCCAGCAGCGGUCGGGGACUCUGUGUCUCGGAGGGAACGCUGGCCAGUGUCUCGGAGAUCACAGAGUCCCUCAAUCACCCCAUUAUUGCCAAGCACUCCCAGUCUCUUGGUUGGUGCGGUGGAGAAGAAGGCGCUGCACCACACACCAACAACAACAACAGCAGCGGUGGCAGCGCACACAGCAGCCGCGGUCACAAGCGCUUGAGAAGGAAUGCCACAUCUGCUGGCUCCAUGACCACCACCUCCCUCUGUGAUGCUCAUUCUGUAGACAUUGUUUAUUCCAAAAGUGCCAAAGGAGAGAAGGCUGGCAGCGUCCACUAUCGUACUGGCAUCCACCAUGGCAGUACAUCUCUGGGGCUGGAGGGGGGGUCAGGCGCGGGCGCUGCCUCCUCCACUGCACCAUCACCAUCAUCUCUUCCCUCAGCUGCUGAGCCUCCAUCACACCCAGUCAGCCUUGAGGUGAUCAUAGGCGACGAGGGCAACAGACGACAGCAGCACCACCACCACCGUCAUCACCACAGCAGGCACCACCACCACCGCUACCACCAGCACCAUCCCCACCACCAUAACAGGAAGAUGUCUCUGGUACCUUCGGCAUGUGGGCGGGAGCCAAGCAACAUAUCGGUCAUAGAGGAGAGGAACAACAGUUGUGAUGCCAACAGUGGUAGCUGCUGUAGUGUUAACAGUGAGGGAGAAACAGAUGAGGAGGGCCCCAACAAAGGCUCCCACUCACCUUUGUUGACGCGCCAUCAGAGUCUGGAGGGGAAGAGCUCCUCCGGGUCGCGCAGAGUUCGCUGCGGCAACACGAGGCUGGCACCCACCCCUCGGAACUCCGGUCGUGCGUACCAGCCUCUGGUGUUUCGUAGCAGCUCUGCCAUCGCAAAGUUUCGCGAUAAGACGAAGAUGGAAGGGGACAACUAUAAGGUGUGCACGCUGACGUUUGAGAAUAUAUACGCGGACGAUGAGAGUAGCUCAGACACGUUGAGUGUGGUCAAACUGUCCAGCAGCUCCGACGAAACACUAAGUAGCGUAGCAGAUCAGUUAAGUCUACAUAGACAGUCUUUAGGUAAUCUCGACUGUGAUAACGUUAACUCUAAGUGCAGCGGGAACGGCAACUGUGACGAACCCGCGGGGGGAGGCAGGAAGGAGGACCACAACCACCUCCACCACAGAAGCAGAGAGGAGGUUGUGGUGGACUUGGACGAUGCUCCCCUAACCAUUCCACAAUAUGCUGGAGAAAAUGCCUCAGUAGUGAGUGAUGAACACAGGACACACAGUGUAAGAAACUCGCAGGAACUGCUCGUUGUGAACGAUAACGUAGAGAGUAGGUCGUCUAGUCCAGGUUUAGACUGGCUCUUCUCGCACAGUGACUCGGACUCGGAGUUUGCCGACGUUGCCCGCGACCCGAGUGACCAGAGGAGACGCUCUUCCCAGCAGAGCGACGAGGAUAGUUGGAAUAUAAUUAGGUCUUCGCCGGAGAGCCCCGCUGAGGCUUGUGCCGUCUCGUAUCCGCACCCCGUCAACCACUGUGGUCCGGCUUGUCAGGGGGCCAUUCCUAAGAAACGGAGGCAGGGCGUAGUGGUGGAGGAAGUGGAGUCAAACGGAGGGGGCGAGAGGGGCAACAGAGAAGCGUCUGUUACCAUGGAGGACCUGGUGAGACGACUCUUGGAUAUCCUAAACAGUUCUCUCCACGAUCCUCAACAAUGCCAUCGGGAUAUUCAGAAGCUCGUAGUGUUAAAACGGAGGUUGGAACAAGAGGGGGGCAUCGGCGAAGCCAUCAGAAGCGGCCAGGGAUCGCUGACGAGUCCGGGGACCUCGGAGAACUCGACCCAGAGCAACAAAUCCGUCGAGAAGCCGGUGGAAACACAUCUGUACAGGAAACCAGCGGUGCGACGGAGAAGACACGUGGCGGGGAGUGCGACAUCCCCGCCCACCUCCCCCAGCGAUCCCCCUGAUAUAUCUUCCUUACUCACUACCACCCUCACCACCUCACUCACCACCACCUUCACCACCUCCCUCACCACCACCUUCACCACCUCCCUCACCACCACUCUCUCACCAGCAUAUCAAGAUACCCACAGAAAUCAUCCAUCACAGAGACCAAGUCCGUUUCCUGCAUUGACCAGAAGUGGAGGAGAUAGUGAUGACGAUAAUAAGCCUCACAGAACUAUGGUGGAAAAGAAAACAGGAGGUGGUGGAGGCACGUCUCUAUUUUCCGGUAACUCGUCACUGUCUGACGGAGGUCCUCCCCUGUCUGCACUAUCCUCACUCUCCUCCCCAGGGACCCACCUCGCCGUGUCUCACGAGGACACCAGUGACGGAGCUGUCCACUGUUUUCAAGACGAGAGAGGAAAUUGGUUUACGUACACGUUUAACGACAGAGGCGUGAGCACGGCCUCUAGCGUUAUGCCUGUGAGCGACAACAGAGUUUUGACCAAACUUUUGCGGCGUACCAGCAACAACCUCCAGGGACCUAGUCAGAGCAGUAGCAGCCAGAAUGCCUCCGGGGGUCUGACGCGCGGCGAUGGUUCACUCAGCAGCUCCUCCAUGUCUCUCUGCUCGGGGCUCACUGUCAUACUGGACAACCACUUCCCGCCUGCCUCCUUGCCGUCUGCCUGGCCAGAGAUCUGUAAGGCUAAUCCCAACCUGUCGUCGUCAAACGUCGAUCCGGCCAGUAGUGCGGCGGUGGUACCGGCUUCGUCGGCCGUACGCAGAAGGUGUUCUUCGCCCCCUGUCUCCACGACCGUCGUCAACAUGAGAGAUCAGGACAGAAAUAAUCAGGAUGGCACGAGCGACCCCGACCCCAUACCCAGGGUGACGGCCGGUCCCAGAGGGGGCCGGGACCUGCCCCUGCUGUCUUCUGAAACCCGUCAUCACUUACAGCUGUUGAGUAUAGGGGCCCCUCAUAACCCUCUACAGCUGUUCACAAACGCACUGUUCGAGCGGAGACGCUCCAGCAACCGUCCGGUCACCGCCGCAGGUUCCAUCAUUACCUCCGAGGCCUUCGAGAACAUUAGUCUCCCUCACGGGCUCGACGUGGAUGUAGACCUGGGGCUGUCCUCCAACAAACUCAAGUUCCCCGUCUCAGCUCCUCACACUAUACAAUAUUAUAAGUUUAGAAUUUGUGGGAACAGAUCUGUAAAAAUAAAGUUUGAUAGACUCUUUUUGUUAGCAUUACUAGACAGAAAUGUUACAUUUUUAGAAAAUUUUAUCUGUAUUUUUCUUGCCAUUUUCGUAAGCAUUUUAGGGUGUAUAAUUCUGCACAAAGAGUUCUAUCAGGAAUUAAACGUGUUUAUAUUUUGUCUCGUGAUGGCGAGUUGUCAGUAUUCCUUAUUCAAGAGCGUACAGCCCGACGCGGCUUCUCCCACGCACGGGUACAACCGCGUCGUGCUCUACAGCCGACCAGUAUACUUCAUCAUCUGCUGCAGCAUGAUACUCCUCAUACAGCUGUACUUAGACAGUAGCCACGCCUGGCGCAAGUUCAUCCUCUACGGCAUCGACUUUACCGACAGAGUAAUGUUAGAACAGUGUAAAGACCUGCUACUGCUCUUUAUACUCUUCUUCCCUCUCAUCUUCAGUUUGGGGCUCUUACCUCAAGUCAACACCUUCCUCAUGUACCUUCUAGAACAGACCGACAUCCACAUAUUCGGGGGUAACGCGACCACCAGCCUCACCUCGGCUCUGUACUGCGUCGGUCGUUCCAUCCUCACGGUUCUCUUCCUGUUUGGUUUUGCGUACGGCGGACUGAGGGAGCCGGAGGCCCAGACCCAGCACAUCCUCUACUCUAUAUUCUGCGGUCUUACGGUGGCCUUCAGCUACCACCUGAGUCGCUCGGCCUCGGACCCCACCACCCUGUGGCGCCUCAUCCAGCAACACAUGUGGCCCGAGGAGCUCCGGCGGGAGACCAGGGCCGGCAACCCUCGGCCGCCGCAGGAAGCGGACGAGCUAACCGACCCGCUGCCGGAGAAGUUGCGCAACACCGUUCAUUCUUGUUUGGUACACGAUGCCAUCAUGUGCACCGUGGUGGCGGUGGCGAUCUUUGCCGUGCACUCCAGUACUGUGUUCACCGUGCUCUUAGACGGCGAGAGCCCGGAUCUUUUCACUGCACUCUGGAUAUUUGCCAGUCUGUUUGGCUUUUUCAAUCACUAUAUAAUACCACAGUUGAGAAAGCAGUUACCGUGGCUGUGCGUGGCUCACCCUGUGUGCAGAACUCACGAGUACAGUCAGUUUGAAGUGUACGACGCUGCCAAAAUUAUGUGGUUUGAAAAAGUGUAUGUGUGGUUGUGUAUCUUAGAAAAAAAUAUUGUAUAUCCUGUACUUUUUCUCUGUGCCUUAACCAAAGAUGCACCAAUGUUGGUAGAAAGGUUCGGUCUCAACCCAGGGACACUGAUCACGGUGAUAUGUGGCGUCAAGUGUCUGCGUAGUGUAUAUUCUCAGCCACAGUUCCAAUACCUCAUACUGGCAUUUGCCAAGCUCUUCUUCAACUGGGAUUUUAAGGGGAAAUCCGAGACAUUUUUAGUCGACUACUUUAUCAUGGGAAUAAUUUUUACCCGUGUUUACGAAUUCCUCCUCAAGAUGAAAUUCAUAGUGACGUACAUAGCCCCCUGGCAGAUCACCUGGGGUUCGGCCUUCCACGCGUUCGCCCAGCCGUUCAGCGUGCCCCACUCGGCCAUGUUGUUCGUACAAGCCGCCGUCUCGGCCAUCCUGUCCACCCCACUCAACCCAAUCCUGGGCUCGGCCAUCUUCAUCACCUCCUACAUCCGCCCGAUAAAAUUCUGGGAGCGUGACUACAACACCAAGCGGGUCGACCACUCCAACACCCGGCUGUCGUCUCACCUAGAGCGUAACCCCGGCUCCGACGACAACAACCUCAACUCCAUCUUCUACGAGCACCUGACCCGCUCCCUCCAACACUCACUCUGUGGAGACCUGCAGAUGGGACGGUGGGGAGCUGCCAGCCAGGGAGAUUGCUUUGUGUUAGCGUCCGAUUACCUCAACUGUCUGGUCCACAUCAUCGAGCUCGGCAACGGUCUCGUAACAUUCCAAAUGCGAGGACUAGAGUUCCGUGGUACUUACUGUCAGCAGAGGGAAGUGGAGGCCAUAUCUGAGGGUGUGGAGGAAGAUGCUGGAUGUUGUUGCUGUGAGCCGGGCCACCUCCCCCACUUACUAAGUGCCAACGCGGCGUUCAACCAACGAUGGCUGGCCUGGGAAGUGACAGCCACCAAGUACGUCCUGGAGGGUUACUCCAUCUCCGAUAACUCCGCCGCCUCCAUGUUACAAAUAUUUGAACUCCGCAAGAUUCUCAUUACAUAUUAUGUCAAGAGCAUCAUUUUUUAUGUGGUGCGCUCGGUCAAGCUCAAGGAGUGGCUGGAGAAGGCCGAGAUAGACGCUUCUCUCUCACACACCCGAGAUAAAAAGUUUGUGGACCUCGACCCCAUCUUUAAUCUGAACAUAGACGAGGACUACGAUUUCAAGGAGUCGGGCAUUACCAGAACGAGUUUCUGCAACGUCUACCACGAGUGGAUUGUUUACUGCGUGACGAGGAGGGACCGCAACGAUCAGGAACAGAUAGAGAGUAGUCGAGAGUCACAACUCAUCUCCCUCUGUCUGGCUCUCAGUCUCUUAGGUAGACGUGCUCUGGGUGCUGCCUCGCACAAUGCCAUGUCCAGUGUCGACUUCUUCCUUCACGGUCUACACGCACUCUUUAAGGGUGACUUCCGCAUUACCUCCAUGAGGGACGAGUGGGUGUUCUCAGACAUGGAGCUGCUGAGGAAGGUGGUCGCCCCUGGAGUCAGGAUGAGCCUCAAGCUCCAUCAGGACCAUUUUAUGCUCCCUGAUGAAUAUGACAACCAUGAAUCACUGUAUAAUGCCAUCCUGGAGCACGAAGCCCACCUAGUCAUAUCCCAUGAGGGCGACCCAACCUGGCGCAACGCCGUCCUCUCCGGCAAACCUUCUCUCCUGGCCCUAAGACACGUAAUGGACGACGGUGCCGACGAAUACAAAAUCAUCAUGCUCAACAAGAGGCACCUGUCCUUCCGCGUCAUCAAGGUGAACCGAGAGUGUGUCCGGGGUCUAUGGGCCGGCCAGCAGCAGGAAUUGGUGUAUCUCCGUAAUCGCAAUCCAGAACGGGGCUCCAUCCAGAAUGCCAAACAAGCUCUCCGUAACAUCAUAAACUCUUCGUGCGAUCAGCCCAUCGGCUACCCGAUAUACGUGUCUCCGCUCACGACGUCUUACGCCGACACCAACGAUCAGAUCAAGGGAGUGUGUGGUGGACCCAUCAGUCUGACGCUCGUCAAGGAAACUGUUAUUAAUGUUUGGAAGAGAGUACGACGGCGGUGCGGCGAGGGUUGUUCUAGUGGCAGCUCGGGGCUCAACGACGAGUGUGGGAGGACGGCCGAUCCACACCACGGCAACAUUCCACUCCAUCAAGUCUUGACGACAGUACCCCCAAGUUUGGGGUCUGGUGGCAGUCAAGAUGGCUCCCAGGUUGGCGGUCUGAGCUUGGUCACGGCUACGGGAAGUUUGGGUCACGGAAGUUUGGGACGCGGCGGCUCGCUGUCCCGCGGGUCUCUACACGCCAACCGUGGCUCUAUUGUGUCGACCGUGUCAUCUCUGGUUGGUCCUGCCAAUAAACAGUCCACUUCUACCCUGGCAAGUUUGGCCGGUCUUCUCUCCGACACUACGGCCGGACUCACCCGUCUGGAUCCCAGGGACAGAGACGGGCUCAGCGAGGGGUCUGCCAGCAGUAAAGAUCGGGAUUGGAGCGGCCGAGACGUAUCUCUGCACGGCGGGCGAGAUGGAGGAUCGAUUCACAGCGGGCGGGAAGGAUCGCUACACAGCGGAAGAGAAGGUUCCCUACACAGCAGUAGAGAUGCGUCUCUACACGGCUCUCUGCCGGGCGGUGAGAAACGAGUCCGUCAGGGAAUAUCCGCCAGCAGCCGCAGCACACCCACGUCUUCCUUGUCCACUCCCGCCCGGGACGUGCCCAUCGUGUCCGGUUCCCGGGACCCUCAUCUGCGGGAUGCAAGUUGGGAUGCGUCGAGCCUCAGGGAGGACUGUGGCACCUUACACGAGGAGAGUGAAGAAAAGUUCGCCACGCCUCCGCCGGAUAAACACGUGCAGCGAGUCCGGAUAAUAGAUGCCAACCAGGUUUAUGACACCUUAAACAUGGGUCGUCGCAUCGAUGUAGUUUGGCCCGACGAAGGCAUGCGCAAGAGAGGUGGGAGGAGCUUCUGGGGUCACUGGGUGCCAGUGGAGGGCAUGGAGGGACCCAUCGUACACACCUGGACGCCCCACCACCCCGACCCUCACCUCCGCUCCCACGUGGGUCGCGUCAUCCUCCUAGUUCAAAUUGAGGACAAGUUUGUUCCUGUCGCCCAGAGUGCUGUGCAAGACCUUGGGGCUGAAGUCUAGGUUGCAUUUCUCACCUUAAGCUUGAAGAAUGCUUUAGUCACAUCUGGUUAUUGUGACAGUAAGUAAGUAAAUGCUAGACUUUGUUAAGAAAAAUACAGUACUACCAUUUGUGGGCGGUUCAUUUGUCGGAUUUGAUAAAUUUAUAUUAAUGGUUAGUAAUUAUUAGAAACUUUUAUAAGAAUCCUUUUGAAAGUUCUUAGACAGUAGGGAAGUUAUACAAAACAUUUCUUUAAUAAAAAAGUUGUAGAUGUUUUAAGAGAGAGAACGAACACGUGUGUCGUCGAGGUAACUCGGAGCCGGACCCGUAAUAUCAUACUUGGGCUCCUGUAUUUCAUGUGCUUCCGUGCAUAAUAUAAUGUUGUAGGCGAGACACAGGAGUGUCUUGUAUAACAGAGAUGAUGUCCUCUUGGACUUUAUCAACAUUGUGAAGAGUUUUGCACAAAAUAAGAACAAAAAUACUGUAGGUGCACCAAAAACCUUUCAGCUUGCCUCACAUUUAUUUGUCCUCAUUUAUUAUUACAGGGGGUAUUGGACGGGGCUCCCUGUGUGUUACUGUUUCCCCUGACUGAUGCUAAGUGUUGACUAAAGUAAACUCGGUAUAAUUUUUAUGAUAUUUUAGACAUUGUGUAACUCAAAUCAGCCAGCCAGUCAGAUGUGAGGAGGAAAGAUAAACAUACCAGCCCUUGGGAGCUUGAGCCUAGGACGAACAAACAAACAAACCUGUUAAUCUUACCUGUCAGCCCCCCCUCCCCCCUCUCUCUAGUGCUCAAAUGGUAAACUGUGCUAGUUACUGUGUAAUGAGGGGGUAUAUUUUGUAAUGAUGGGCCAACCUACCCUAGUGGUAUUCCUAUAAUGCCUGAGAGUUGCUACAUACACCACUGUAAAGUCAUCAACACAGUGGAGUCCUGGUCGUGAUAGAAGAUGCAGUGCUACAGUACAGUUUUGUAUCUCGGCCAAAAGAGGGAAGCAACUAAGUACUUCCAGACUAUUCAACUCCACCCCCUAGGCCCCGGCAGAUUGUCCCAGCGCUCACUUACACGAGACACACA